AUGAUCGCCUGCAUCAGUCCUUCAGACCGAGACUUCAUGGAGACCCUGAACACACUGAAAUACGCAAAUCGGACUCGGAACAUCCGGAACCGCGUGGUGGUGAACCAGGACCGGGCCAGUCAGCAGAUCAGCGCACUGCGGACCGAGAUUGCGCGACUGCAACGCGAGCUGCUGGAAUACCGGACGGGGAAGCGUCUCCCAGGAGAGCAGGGCGUGGACGGCUUCAGUGACCUGUUCCAUGAGAACUCCAUGCUUCAGACGGAAAACAGCAACCUGAGGGUCAGAGUGAAGGCCAUGCAGGAGACCAUCGACGCCCAGAGAGGGAGACUGACCAGUGUGCUGAGCCAACAGGCUCUGAUGAAGACAGGAGACGAGGGCACGGAGGAGAUCGGGGCCAUGAUCCAGGGGUACAUAAAAGAAAUCGAGGAUCUCAGGGCGAAGCUUUUGGAGAGCGAGGCGGUCAACGAGACGCUGCGCAAGAGUGUGAACCGAGCUUCCAAUCGACAGUUCUAUUCCAGUCCUGGUCUGGGUCAUUCUCUGGGUCCUGCUCUGGGUCCUGGUCCAGAGAAAGAGACUGAAGACCUCAUUGAACUGGCAAAGAAAGAUCUGGAGAAGCUCAAGAGGCGAGAACGCAAGAAGAAAAAGAGGAUGCAGCUCUCCUCGGAGGACACAGAGAAAGAGGACUCCAGUCUAAACAAGGAGGACGAGCCAGAUAACGAACAGAAGGAAGAGGAGGAGGAGGAAGAGAAGGAGAUGCAGAAGCCGGAGGAGGAGAAGGAGGAGGAUGGAGCAGAUAUCAGUGAAGGAGAUGAAGAGGAAGAAGAGGAGGAGGAGAGCUCUGAGUCCGACUCUGAGCCUGAGGACAAAGAGAACUUCCAGGAGGACUUGGCCAACAUUACGUGUGAAAUUGCCAUCAAACAGAAACUCAUUGACGAGUUGGAAAACAGCCAGAGACGACUGCACACUCUGAAGCUGCAGUAUGAGCAGAAACUACUGCUACUGCAGUACAAGAUCACAGAGACUCAGCAGGAGAGGGACCGAGUACUGCAGAGCAUCACACCCGUGGACAGCGGCUCGGAGGACCGCACCCGCCGCGUUAAAGCAGAGUACGAGCGAAAACUGAGUGUGAUGACCCGCGAGCUGCAGAGACUCCAGACGGCACAGAGAGCACAUGCAAAACUGCUGAAAAACCAGAGCCAGUACGAACGCCAGCUCCGCACACUUCAGAACGAGGUUGCGGACAUGAAGAGGACCAAGGUUCGUCUGAUGAAGCAGAUGAAGGAGCAGCAGGAGAGAAACAGGCUGAACGAGAACCGACGAACCAGAGAGAUUGCCACGUUAAAGAAGGACCAGAGGAAACAAGAGCAUCAGCUGAAGUUGCUGGAGGCUCAAAAACGCCAACAGGAGCUGAUCUUGAGGAGGAAAACUGAGGAGGUGAGCGCCCUUCGGAGACAGGCCAGACCCAGUUCAGGCCGAGUCCAGAGGAAAAACCAGGACCCAGAGCCCGGACUCAGAGCAGGACCAGGAAGGAGCUUCCCUGGGACCAAUGGUACCAGGUUUUCGUACCGCAGCAGAGGUCUUUACUCAAACAGAUCCAUUCGCUCUAAAUGGCAGCGUCUGGAGAGGAGGAUCUGUGACGUGAUACUUCAGAAGAUGACCAUCUGUAACAUGGAGUCAGACAUGAACCGUCUGCUGCAGCAACGCGAGGACUUGACUCGGAGAAAGGAGAAGAUUCUGAGGCGCAGAGAGCGUUUGUUGAAGGACUCGGGUCUGGUUUCAGGUCUGGACUCUGUUACCCCAGACCUGAUCCAAGCCCCAGAUCUGGUCCAGUCCUCUGACCUGGUCCAGUCCCAGCAGCUGCAGAAGUCCCUGGUUUCUCUGACGGAGGAGAUGGACGCGCUGACCGCAAACAUUGACUACAUCAACGAAAGCAUCUCUGACUGUCAGGCCAACAUCAUGCAGGUGGAGGAGGCCAAGGAGGACUCGGACUCUUUGGAUGUGGCGGCCCUGAUCGGCUCGUGCUCAUUAGCCGAGACUCGUUUCCUCAUCGACCGGUUCAUGAACGUGACCGUCAGUAAGGGGCUCCAGGCGGCUCAGCGCGAGGCCCAACUCAUGCAGGUCCAGACCAGACUCAAACAGACGGAAGUGACAAGUGCCACUCAGAACCAGCUGCUGUUCCACAUGUUGAAGGAGAAAGCAGAACUCAACCCAGAGCUGGAGUCUCUGCUGGGGUCUGCCAUGCAUGAGAAUGCAGACGACAGCAGCAGUGACGAGUCCCCACACAGUCCUUCUGCAGACGGAAAUUCUCUGACCUCAGACCUGAUAAAACUCAGUGGAGAAAACCGGAGCAGGAACAAGGCUCGCAGACGAACUGCCACUCAGAUGGAACUCCUGUAUGCAGAGCCCGCCCCCGACCGCAGCGCCGCAAUUCCAUUGGCCCAGAGCCCAGAGGGAGGCGGGGACAUUGAGAGUCUGUACAACGUGGUGUCUCCAGGAUUCUCCUCCAAAACCCCCACGAUGGGGGUGAUCAGCUCCGUGUCUCUGGGUAAAAGCUCUCGUCUCUCCGCACUGCAGUGUGUGAGUGUGGCUGAAGGACACAGUAAAGCUGUCCUCUCUGUGGACUGCACCAACGAGCUGCUCUUCACUGGAUCCAGAGAUGGCACAUGUAAGGUGUGGAACCUUGUCACCGGUCAAGAGAUCAUGUCCCUGGGAGCCCACCUAAGUAGCGUGGCCUCGGUCCGGUUCAGCUCGGGUCUGGUCUUCACUGUCUCCAGCUGCUUCAUCAAAGUGUGGGACAUCCGAGAGGCGGCCAAGUGUGUACGGACGCUCACGUCCUCAGGACAGGUCUCAGCCUCAGACCCCUAUGGUCCUGGUUCAGCCCGUACUCUGUCUGAGACUCACAUAAACCAGAUCUGUGUGAACCCGAGCGGAACCAGUCUGUACGCAGCAGCAGGGAACAGUGUGAGAGUGUGGGACCUGAGGAGGUUGGUCUCCACAGGGAAGCUCUCUGGACACCAGGGUCCCGUCAUGUGUUUGACCGUAGACCAGACUGGGACCAACCAGGACCUGGUGGUGACCGGCUCCAAGGACCACUAUGUCAAGCUGUUUGAGGUGUCUCCGUCCUCAGCCGGGACUCUGGCUCCGUCCUGGACCCUGGACCCCCCACACUACGAUGGGAUCGAGACGCUCCUGGUGCAGGGAGAGCGGCUCUUCAGCGGCUCCCGGGACACGGGUCUCAAACUGUGGCACCUGCCCAGCCGAGACCUUCUGCAGCAGGUCCCCUCAGCGCACAGGGACUGGGUAAGCUCUCUGGCCCUGGUCCCACUUGGUCUGGUCCGGUCUGGUUCAGCCCGGUCUGGUCCAGUCCUGGUCAGCGGCUGCAGAGGGGGGAUUCUCAAACUGUGGAGCGGGGACUCUCUGACUGCACUUGCCGAAGUUCGAGGUCACGACAGUGCCGUGAAUGGCCUCUGCAGCAACAACUCCCACCUGUUCUCCGCCUCAGAUGAUCGCACAGUGAAGAUGUGGAGGUUCAGAGGAGACCUGGAGGACCCUGUGGAGGACUGA